AUGGCUUCUAAACAACAACUUCGUACAACGGUCACUGAUCUUCUCAAGAUCAACCAUCCUAUUAUCCUUGCUGGAAUGAAUGUUGCUGCUGGUCCAAAACUCGCAGCAGCAGUCACAAAUGCUGGUGGUUUAGGUGUUCUUGGAGGUAUUGGCUAUACUCCAGAUAUGUUGAGAGAACAGAUUGCCGAACUCAAAUCAUUUUUGGAUGAUCAGAAUGCUCCUUUUGGUGUUGAUCUUUUACUUCCACAAGUUGGAGGUUCUGCGAGAAAGACAAACUACGAUUAUACCAAGGGAAAGCUAGACGAACUUAUUACCAUCAUAAUCGACAGUGGAGCAAAACUCUUCGUUUCUGCCGUCGGAGUACCACCCAUACAUGUUGUUGAACGACUACACAAAGCUGGUAUUCUCUAUGCCAACAUGAUCGGACAUCCCAAACAUGUUAAGAAAUGCUUGGAACUCGGCGUUGAUAUCAUUUGCGCACAAGGCGGAGAAGGUGGAGGUCAUACAGGAGAUGUUCCCACAACUGUUCUGAUCCCAGCAGUGGUUGAGCUCUGCAAGGGAAAGACUAGUCCUAUGACUGGAAAACCCGUGCAAGUCGUUGCUGCAGGAGGUAUUUUCAAUGGAGCCACUGUCGCGGCAGCUUUAAUGUUGGGCGCAAGUGCUGUGUGGGUUGGAACUAGAUUCAUCUUGACUGAUGAAGCUGGUGCACCAAAGGCUCAUCAAGAGGCCGUGAGAACAGCGGGGCAUGAUGAUAAUGUUAAAACCAUCAUCUUCACCGGUCGACCAUUACGUGUACGAACCAACAGUUACAUCCAAAACUGGGAAGAAAAUCGUGCAUCGGAGAUCAAGGAACUUACAGCUAAGGGUAUCAUUCCUGUCGAACAUGACUUCGAGACUCUUGGUGAUGAUAUUGAUGAUGAUACCAUGGACAAUGCACGACCUUUCUUGAUGGGUAAGGCAGCUGCAGUUGUCAAUGAGAAGAAGAGCGCAAAGGCUGUGGUUGAUGAAUUGGUUAGUGAUGCUGUAGCAUGUAUUCACAAGGGGGAGAAAUUGACUGCGAAGUUGUAA